AUGGCCCGCACCAAGCAGACGGCUCGCAAAUCCACCGGCGGAAAGGCUCCGCGUAAGCAGUUGGCCACUAAAGUAGCUCGCAAGAGCGCGCCAGCUACUGGUGGGGUGAAGAAACCACAUCGUUACCGGCCUGGUACGGUAGCCUUACGCGAAAUCCGUCGCUAUCAGAAAUCUACUGAGCUGCUGAUCCGCAAACUGCCCUUCCAGCGUCUGGUCCGCGAGAUCGCGCAGGAUUUCAAAACCGAUCUGCGCUUUCAGAGCUCGGCUGUGAUGGCUUUGCAGGAGGCAUGUGAGGCCUACUUGGUAGGACUCUUCGAGGAUACCAACCUGUGUGCUAUCCACGCUAAGCGCGUCACCAUUAUGCCCAAGGAUGUCCAGCUGGCACGCCGCAUCCGUGGGGAGCGUGCUUAACCCCGGAGCACGCACACG